UCGCUGUUAGCUUCUUAUUCUCCCCAACUCUCCCUCAAAACAGUUCCCCACCAAACCCCCUUCUUUCUCUGUCUCACCCGGAGAAAAAAAAAAAAAAAAAAAAAAAUUCCGAUCCGACGAUCGAGAUGGCUCUGUCACACAUAGCUUCCUCAUCGUCAAGAUCCAAAAAUCUCCUGAAACCAAUCGCCGCCGUCUUAUCAUGCACUCCAUCUCUCCGCCGUCCGAUCUCCACUUCCUCCGAUUCCACCACUCUAACCAUUGAGACCUCGGUCCCAUUCACGGCGCACAACUGCGAAGCACCGUCACGCUCCGUCGAGACCACACCGAAGGAGCUCCUCUCUUUCUUCCACGACAUGGCGUUGAUGCGGCGUAUGGAGAUCGCUGCUGACUCGCUCUACAAGGCCAAACUGAUCCGUGGAUUCUGCCACCUGUACGACGGACAGGAAGCAGUCGCCGUAGGAAUGGAAGCCGCCAUAACCAAGAAAGACAGCAUCAUCACCGCUUAUCGCGAUCACUGCACCUUUAUCGGACGAGGUGGGACCCUCUUGGAGGUGUUCUCGGAGCUCAUGGGACGCCAGGAUGGGUGUUCCAGAGGUAAAGGGGGUUCGAUGCAUUUCUACAAGAAGGAGAGUGGGUUCUAUGGCGGUCACGGCAUUGUUGGGGCUCAGAUUCCUUUGGGUUGUGGUUUGGCUUUCGCGCAGAAAUACAAGAAGGAUGAAACGGUGACGUUCGCUCUGUACGGUGAUGGUGCGGCCAAUCAGGGGCAGUUGUUCGAGGCGCUUAACAUUGCUGCGCUUUGGGAUCUGCCUGCGAUUUUGGUCUGCGAGAACAAUCACUAUGGAAUGGGUACGGCGGAGUGGAGAGCGGCGAAGAGUCCGGCCUAUUACAAGCGUGGAGAUUAUGUUCCUGGCCUGAAGGUAGAUGGCAUGGACGUGCUUGCCGUCAAACAAGUAUGCAAAUUCGCCAAAGAGCAUGCUUUGAAGAAUGGACCUCUUAUUCUUGAAAUGGAUACUUAUAGGUACCAUGGUCACUCUAUGUCUGAUCCUGGAAGCACCUAUCGUACACGUGAUGAGAUCUCUGGUGUUAGACAGGAGCGUGAUCCCAUUGAAAGGGUAAGAAAGCUGAUAUUAGCCCAUGAUCUUGCUACUGAGAAAGAGCUGAAGGACACUGAGAAGGAACUGAGAAAAGAAGUUGAUGAAGCAAUUGCCAAAGCUAAGGAAAGUCCAAUGCCUGAUCCUUCUGAACUCUUCACAAAUAUUUAUGUGAAAGGUUUAGGUGCCGAGUCAUUUGGAGCCGAUAGGAAAGAAGUCAGAGUUGUACUUCCAUGAAUCAAAAAAACGAAACUGGAAACUUUCCCAUAACUGACAACUCGCCUUUUUGUUCUCCUAAAUGGAUUACAUCCAUCAAAUUCUCCAGGGCAAAGAAAACAAAAAACAAUAAGUGGUAUGAGUAGAGAUAAUUGUCUCAUCCUAGCAAUUGUUGCCAUUUGAUGCCUUUUUCUCUUUUGUAUAGGAUAUUUGAUUCUUCUCAAAAUUUGUGGUGGAAUUGUUGAAUUCCACUUGUGAUUGAUAUGUGAGAUAGAAAUUCAGUCCUGGGAUACCUGCAUAUUUAUUUUUGCCACUAUGUUUAUGUUCGGUUCCAUUAGAUUUGUAUACUUUGUCGGCUACUUCUUUGCUUACAAGCCAUAAAUUUUGUUAAAUUGUCUGAAAUUGUUUCA